CUUGAAGUAGGUGAAGAGCAAAUUAAAGAGCCAAGCAUGAGAGUUGUAGCGUUGAGCUAUGUCGUUGUUUUGUUCUUCUUCUUCUUCAUCUUGUUGAGAGGCAUAGAGAGUGCAAAGCCAAGUCAUUAUUCUGUGCCUUUCAAUCGAACCCUUUUCCCUCCCUCCUUCGUAUUCGGUGCUGGUUCUGCUGCUUACCAGUCAGAAGGAGCAGCAAAUAUUGAUGGUAGAGGACCAAGCAUAUGGGACACCUUCACUAAGCAACACCCAGAAAAGAUUUUGGAUCGCAGCAAUGGUGCUAUUGCAGAUGACUUUUAUCAUCGGUACAAGAGUGACAUAAAAUUAAUGAAAAAGAUAGGGUUGGACUCGUUCAGGUUCUCCAUCUCCUGGUCAAGAAUAUUCCCUAAGGGGAAAGGAAUGCUCAAUCCCUUGGGGGUUAAGUUCUACAACAAUCUCAUCAAUGAGCUCCUUUCUAAUGGAUUGACACCAUUUGUGACUCUCUUCCACUUUGAUCUCCCCCAAGCCUUAGAAGAUGAGUACGGUGGAUUUCUCAGUCCUAAAAUAGUGGGGGACUUUCAUGAAUAUGCUGAUUUUUGCUUCAAAACUUUUGGUGAUCGAGUGAAGCAUUGGGUUACUUUGAAUGAACCCUACGGGUACAGCAAUAAUGGCUACAAUACUGGAAGCUUCGCACCGGGAAGAUGUUCUAACUACGUCGGAAAUUGCGCCUCCGGCAACUCCGCCACCGAGCCCUACCUUGUGGGCCACCACUUGCUUCUUGCUCAUGGUGAUGCUGUCAGAUUAUACAAGGCAAAAUAUCAGAAAUAUCAGAAAGGAGAAAUUGGAAUCACAUUAGUGACUCACUGGAUGGAGCCAAAAACAAACGCUCCUGCCAAUCGUCUGGCUGCAAGUCGAGCUCUUGACUUUUGGUUCGGAUGGUAUGCUGAACCCAUCACGUAUGGUGAUUAUCCGCAGAGCAUGAGAUCUAUAGUGGAAGAUAGAUUGCCAAGAUUUACAAAAGCAGAAUCAGAAAUGCUGAAAGGAUCUUAUGAUUUUCUUGGUGUCAAUUAUUAUACCACUAAUUAUGCAGAAAAUGCUCCCUUAACCAGCACUGCUAAUCGGAGUUUCUCUUCAGAUAUGCAAGCCUCUCUCUCUGCUCUGAGAAAUGGCGUCCCUGUUGGUACUCCGACAGCAUUGAGUUGGCUUUUUAUAUAUCCCAAGGGUCUCCGUCAGCUCUUGCUGUAUGUCAAGCAUAAAUACAACGACCCACUCAUCUAUGUCACUGAAAAUGGGGUUGCUGAAGCAAACAAUGCAUCUAUACCAGUGAAAAUAGCGAUCAAGGAUGGGAUCAGAAUUAGAUACUAUGAUGGCCACCUCAGAUAUCUUCUCCAAGCUAUCAAGGAUGGAGUGAAGGUGAAGGGAUAUUAUGCAUGGUCAUUUUUUGAUGACUUCGAGUGGGAUGCUGGUUACACAGUUCGAUUUGGAAUCACUUAUGUGGAUUUCAAAAACAAUCUCAAGAGAUAUCUCAAAUAUUCUGCUUAUUGGCUCAAGAUGUUCCUCCUUCGUUAAUCCCUAUAAUACUAUUAAUUGUGCUCUAUGGAUUCUUCCAUCAUGUUUCUUAUCUUCCAUCUUUCAUCAUGUGCUCCUAAAUCUCAAAAAUAAAUGACAUCUCAAGAUCAUGCAGUAACAUUUGGUGUAUGUUGUUAAUAUCACAA